AUGUCGGAUCAAGACAACGCCCAGGCUUCCCCAAGUAAAUUGGCUCCCCAUCAUAACAUUUUUAUGGCCAACUUGGAAAAUUCCCCCACAAAAGACAGAAAUUCUUUUAGCCAAAAUGCUUCUUCCUCCAGAGUUAUUGAAUCACUACAUGAUCAGAUCGAUAUGCUGACAAAGACGAACUUACAAUUGACUACUCAAUCUCAGACUUUAUUGAGUAAGUUGGAAGUAGCACAAUCCAAAGAAUCGAAACUACUAGAGAAUUUGAACCUUUUAAAGAAUGAAAACGAGAACCUUAACUCGAUAUUCGAAAGAAAGAAUAAGAAGCUAAAGGAGCUAGAGAAAAAUUAUAGUGAAUUGAGUAACAAUUACAACGAACAAAAGGAGAAGAUGGCAGAAUUGACUAAAAUGGUGAAAAAUUCCAGUUCUAUUGAAAAAUCAUGUUCUGAACAAUUACAAAAUAUGGAGGUUAACUACAAUUCAUUAUUGGAAUCACAGAAUUUCUAUAGAGAUCAUUAUUCCGCAGAGGUUUCCAAAUUAAAUGAAAAAAUUGGCUUGUUGGAAUUAGAGUUAAGUAAUCAAAAUUUCAAUUAUGGUUCCGAUACUAGUUCAAAUUCAGAUAUAGAUUUGAAUUUAAAUAAAUUCAAUGACUCUGUCAAGGAUUUGAAAAUUAUGGAAACAGAAAAGGAAUCAAAAUUAAGCAAGAUAAUUUCACAGUCUCUAGAUGAGUUAAAUUUACAAAAUUGGUUAAAGUUAUACCAGACAAAUGAAAAUCUGAUAUCAACUUUUGCUGAGAGGAUGGAUUUGAAAGAUAUUUUAGAAAAAAAUGAUGAAAAGGUAGAUAAUAAACACGCGAUACUUCAAACCCUGAAAAAGAAUGUGCAAACACAAACUGAAAGUAACAUUGUUAGCACUUCGAGUAGUAGCAAUGCAUUGGAUAUGCUCCCUAUCAAGGUGGUCAAAUUGAGGAAGACGCCGAACUUAAACGAUUCAUCCUCUAACGUUAAUAACAGUAACAGUAAAAGAAGAAGUUUCUAUACUGCGUCGCCUUUGCUGUCAUCAGGUUCUAUUCCCAAAUCCGCAUCUCCGGUUCUACCUGGUGUUAAAAGGACAGCUUCUGUCAGAAAACCAAGCUCAAGUAGUGGGAAAACAAACGUAACGCAUAAUAACGAUCCUAGUACAUCUCCCACAGUCUCAGUGCCUCCUGGUGUUACAAGAGCUAUUUCCUCCACUCAUAAGAAAAAGAGGAACAGCCUGGUUGCGCACGGUACUCAACCCUAA